UUGAAUUUCCCCAAUCUGGGACAAAUUUCUUAGCUUUAAGACACACCGUUGCUUUUAAGACUUUUACAUAGCAUAGAAACACACUGAAGAAAAACACAAAACAUAGGCGACAUUGUCUUCGGUGGUAAUGCUUACCUAAGCUUUUUUUUGCCAAUCGCCAAAAAAAAUUAAAGAAGAAGACCGUUUCCUGCAUUUUUAUAAUGAGAUAGAAGUUCUUUUCUUAUCACAGCGAGAAAAGCGCUUAAUCAAUUUGGCGGGUGAAGCAUCUUGACUGAGUUCACUAUCUUCGUUCGAGUCUGUGACGUUUCAGGAAGUGCAGAAAAAAGGAAUAAACUGACUAACCGGUUGCGCUGCACAGCGAAGGAAUGCUCGCUAUGUCAAUGCAGUUCUUUUCUCUUUUUUACAGUCAAUUUUUAAGAUUAUUUCACUGAGUUUCAAAAACCUAGGUUUAUCAUCAUAAUUAUUUAAAUACCCUAACUCUGGCUGACCUCUUGCUAGCAUCAACACGACAACAAAUCACUCCGCUAAUCAGAUCCUUGCUGAUUUCCAAUGCUGUAACAGAACCUUCCGGUUUUUCGUAUCGAUGUCGUGGCGGUAGUUGGUUCCAUUGUUUGUACAUCCUGUGCGAAAGAGCAACCACAACACGGAUGUUACUCCUCGCGCACACUCCGAGGCAUCAUCGUCAUCAUCAUCACCACCACCACCAUCAUCAUCACCAACAACUGUCAGCCCCUAGGAGCUUUGCCAGCCGGCUGUCUUCACUUCAGAACCGCAGCUGAACAUGGAGGAUGAGGCGUUCCAGCAUGUUGUGUCCGUGUUCAGCUCGCUGGUGUCGUGGGUCGCCGCGGGUGCCAUCAUGUUCGGCGGGGUGGUGCCCUACAUCCCGCAGUACAGAGACAUCCACCGGACCCAGAACGCGGAGGGCUUCUCCACCUACGUGUGCCUGGUGCUGCUGGUGGCCAACAUCCUGAGAAUCCUGUUCAGAUUGGGCCGCUAUUACGACGAUGCGCUGCUGUGGCAGAGCAUCAUCAUGAUCUGCACCAUGCUGGUCAUGCUCAACCUGUGCACCAACGUCCGCAUGGCCGCCGAUCUCAGCACCAAGAGGCGCUCUUUCUUAGCGACAGACAGUAAGGACGAGGAGGUCAGAAUCCCUAAGAGGCUCUUUCUGGACUUUGACUGGACCUACUUCUGGUCCUGGAGUCGCUUUGUGGACUACCUUCAGUGUGUUCUGGCCUUCACGCUGGUGGCGGCCUACACCGCCUACCUCCUCCUGGACUCGGUGCUGUUCGUGGAGACCCUCGGCUUCCUGGCGGUGUUCACCGAGGCAAUGCUGGGAACGCCGCAGCUCUACUGCAACUACCAGAACAAAUCCACAGAAGGCAUGAGCAUCAAGAUGGUGCUGAUGUGGACCAGCGGCGACACCUUCAAAACAGGCUACUUCCUGCUCACGGAGGCCCCCAUGCAGUUCUGGACGUGCGGCCUGCUGCAGGUGUUUGUGGACGUGGCCAUCCUGUUCCAGGUCUACUACUACAGCCGCUACCCGCAGAAACCCGUGUCCCACACCGUCUCCCACACCACCAGUGCCAAAGCUCUCUGAGGUGUUCCACGUGUCCCGAGGAAACUCCGAAAGGAGAGUGGCGAGGAGGGGGAGGUGGGGGGUUGGGGACGCCCAAACACAUGCGCCAAAGGAGUUGCUGCUUCUGCACCUCGGCACUCGCAGCAAAACCUUGAGGAACGCUCAGCGAUCAUGAAGACUUCUUUCUUUCCCGGCGCUGAAAAUGCACGCAUCAUGCAAUUGCACCCCACUCAACAAAUCAGCAUGUGCAUGUGGAGGAUUUUUUUAUUUUUUUUUAAGUUUAUUCUAUAUGCGUAUAUAUUUUUUGUUGCAAGAGCGAAAACGCAACAUAUGAGAAGUAUAGAUAUGUUGGGAGCUCAGAGGAAGGCGGAUGAGUUUUUGCCGUCCACACAUCCUGAUGAAUGUUGCACGGAACCUCUGCCUUAAGACUCGUAACCAAACACGGCUCAACGCAUUACCAGCCAUCCGAGUGGUGUGUUCAAAACCCGUAGGAGAUCCACGUUACUGAAUGUACAAACAGGCAUGUCUGGUCUAGUUGGACAGAAGUUCAAAAUUAUUGUUUUGUUUUCUUUUGGGUUUUUUUAAGAUAAGACCAAAUCAGGAAGGAAUUCUCUGAGAGUUUUUUCUCUGACUCUCGAGGAAGUUACACUGGCCUGAAACUGCAUCACUUAGAAAAAAAAACAACAAAUGAGUGGCCUUGAGACAGAGAUAAGAAACUGAAGCUCCCUAUGGCAGCAACAUAUGUUUUCUAUCUGCCGUUGAUUACAUUUUUUUAUAUGAUUGUUAUUUUUAUUAUUACUCUGAUGCCACAGAUUUCAGCCUCAGCUUUAGUUUUUUGUUUCCACUCGACUUCUGGGUUGUGACAUCAGAAGCUGGGCUGAUUCAUGGAAGCACAUGGGUUUUAGAAUUUGGGUUACUGAUAUUGUGUUCAUUGUUGAUGCUAAAAAGUGUCUCGUAUCUGUAAAAAAUUAAAUAAAAUUAAAAAGAAAAUACAGUGCAGUUUAAGGAUGCCCUCCUAACGGAGCUGGUCAGAUUUUCUGCAUAUUCAGACUUUGUUCCUGAUUCAUUGCUGUGGACAGAUUGCAUAAAUUUAAUCAAAUUAAUGUAUUAUUUAAUAAUCCACAAAUGACAUCGUCCAUAUUUUCUGAGUGAGAAAAUAUGUUUCUUCUGCUCUAUUUCUUCCCCUGAAACUUAAAUCUUUCAAAUCGUUAAACAGAUUUUAAAACAAAACUUUCAAGAUUUCAUUUAUGAAAAGGACGAAAAGUGACCAGACCAGCCUGGUUCUAUGUGAAAAUGACAUGGACACCAGCCGGCCCCAUCCCAUGUCCGAUUGGUUCUUAUGUAGAACCUGCUUGACCGCAUGAAGUAGGCUAAAAGAUCUCAAGAAGCUACACAUCAUGUUUGAAAUCAUAUCGGAAUAAAUGCAAUUAUAUUUAUCAGGUUGGAAACAAACCCCUUUAGAAGUUUGUUUUCAGAUUUUACACUAGAGUACACAAGUACAAAACACAAGUCCACCUCUGACAGGUUUUAAGGUGGUCUAGUCAAAGUCUUGACUUUGAGAUGCCAUUAUAUGACAGGCCUUCCUAAGUGACUGUAUUGAUUGUACAAAGAGAGGGUUAAAAAUUCUCUGCAGUAAAAUCCUUAUUUCCAGUUACUGGUUGUUUACAUUUUCACAUGGGGUCAGUUUGGUUUGGGUAUCAUUUUUCGUUGUUGUCGCCUUUUGCAUUCAUUUUUAUAUUGUUGUGUUUUGUUGCGUGUUUGAUCAACUGAAACAAAAGCCAAAAACAGAAGGAAUCUGUAAAAGGUCAAAUCCUUAAUGCCACAGACUGUUUAUUUUUUGAAGUAUUGCGAAAAUUCAUUUGCACUGAAUACUUUAAUCCAGUCCAGGUCUUUCUUAACAUUCAGUUACCCUGAGAAUUUAGACUAACAAAUCUUAAACGGACAAAACCACUUUUGUCAAUUUAAGAACUGUUGUUCUUAUCUUCCGUGGAUUCAUUUGUAAUUUCUCUUUUACAAACUUUGCGUUCUGUAUUACUCUGUCCUAAAAGCCAUGUAACAGACUGAAAGUGCUUUGUUUUGAAAACAGCGAGUCUGAAUGUGAGAAAACGAAUCACAUAUUUUAUGCUGCCAUGUUGUGUACAAACCAGGUCCAGUCAAAUGAAAGAUACAAAAUUCAAACUGUGCUACUGUGUCAGAAUGGGGUAUGUUACUCCGGCCAUUGUCUCACUGUCUUUUUUUUCUUUUUUAACUUCUUUCCCCAAUGUUAUUAUAUUAUCAACCAGUUAAUCCUGAGAUCCUUAAGAGAUCCAACUGUGUUUUCUGCCAGUUAAUUAGAGAAGUAGGUUCGGCUGCUGUCAGUUGAGUCGCUCCAUGUAUUUUGUAUUAAAACCUGAGGGAAUCUUCAUUGGCGCAGACAGAGAACCUGCAUAAAGUCUCAUGAGAUUAGGUAAUGUUAAUGUUAGGUCAUUGGUGCAGUUUGUGAUUUUACAACUCGUCCUCUUUCAUUUCUGUUGCUCACAGCAUCAACAACUAAGGCAAAAUUAGAACUACAUUUUCUCACCCAGCAGUUAGCCAUUGCUUGUGCGUCAGCGCCCAAAACAUCUCCUAGCCUUUAAGAGUAAUGGCUAGCUCACCUCUAAGCAAGUAUAACAUGGAUGUUGGGGUGAUGUCACAUUGUUUUAUGUUGUAAUUUUGAAAGCCAAUUGGAUUUGCCAAGUUUAAAAAAAAAGUUUUACACAGCCUAGUGACCAACCCUGCUGCUUUAGCCAAUGCAAGUUGAAAAUGGUGUGUUUGUCAGCAUUUUCUACAUUUAAUGAGAUUCAAACAAUCAGCGGUUAAAAAAAGCAUUUUGUUACCAAAGCUUUUUGUAUGAUAUGAUGUUGGAUUUUGAAGUUGGGGCUUGUUGGAAAACUUUGACUCCCCACACUCAUGACUUGAAGAAACAUUCCAGUUGAUAUUCUACAACCUGGAACCUGGAAAUUCAAAAUCUGCCAACUUAUUGGACGGGUUUGACAUCCCAAAGGUAAUAGAACCACGAGUAAAAAUACCACAAUCUCAGUAAUAACCCAAAUCUAAAGCAACAAUGUGUAGAAAGAUUUAACUGCUGUUAUUAAGACAGUCUGCCAACAAGCUCAAAAUUUGCCAACUGUAGUUUUAAAAUGCCAUCGUCUUACCAAAGUGUGUUUUUCUUUGCAAUUUGAAAUACUUCCUAAGAGUUUUUUGUUGUUUGGUUUGUAAAUGAAUUAAGUUCAGCGUAGAAAACCAUUUUCCCAGUUGGCUGGCCAACAAUGCUUAGCAACAGGUCAGUACUGCAUUACUACUGUAUGUUCCACUUUUUGUGGCAUUUCAUGGACAAUAAACAGCAGAAAUAACAAUAAGAAAAAUGUGGUUGAUUUCAACAUCGUUUUUUUACUGGACAAAAUCUUCCAGUAAAGAGAUUAUGUAGCUGUUUCUCUAACUAGCUAGCAACAUAUUGGCUACUUUCUGUCUUACAGUUCUGUCUUUGUGCUCUGAAGUUGGAUUUUUUUUUUCUUUUUCUUUUUGAGGUACAAGGCAGAAAUACAAUCAGAAUUAAAACUGAAAAAAGCUUGACUAGCAGCUUUAACUUUACAACAUAGCUGUGUGUAUACAAAAUGCAGUGAAGAUUGCUGAUGCUAAGCUAUUCAUUAGCACAUCUGUUCCUUAUGUGUUUAAACUCUCAAAUAAAGAGACAAACAUUAUUCAUCACCUUACAGCUAGUAGUAGUUUUCAAUACAACAAUUAGCACAUCCCUUGUUGUAUUACUAGCUAGAAGCUAGUUAGAAAACUAGCUUUUCUAAUGAGAAAAACUAGUUUUCUAGCAGAAGCUAGCUUCUAGCCUUAGGAGCUAGGAGUAAGAAAACAAGGGAAUACUUCUAACUUGGGAAACAUAUCUAAUCAAGCUAACGUCUUAGCUAGAAAAUUAGCAUCUGCUUUGUAGCUCUGUUAGCAUAAUUACAUUUUAGUAACCUGCUGUAAAGAUUGAUGACUUUGUCCUUUUUUGAUGUUGACACACAUUACAUCUUAACAGAUGUUGUAGAAGAUGACUUUAUUCGUAGCAUAAAUUUCACAGGAAUAAAAAAAGAAAUUAUUGAAAAGCAAAGUGGCUAGAAUCAUAAUUAUAUAAACAGUAGUAUGAAAAGAAGAACUCUUGUGGAUUAAAAAGCGUAUUAAUAAAAAAAUAAUAUGGCCUGUUGGUAGAUUGGACCUACCACUCUCCAGCUUUAUAGUGACAUGUUAAUGAUUAUAAGGGCAGAAAUGAGUACGACUCCUGUAAUACUGCUUGUCAAUGAUAAAUAACAUCAUAUUGGUCAUGUUAGGCUACAGAGAUUCAGCUUCCAUGUUUUAAAAAUACAAUUAUUUAUGAGAAAUGAUUACCAAAGCUUGAGUUGUUAAAAAAUGUAACUAUUUUUGUAUUAAUGUCGACCUUCAAUAUGUUCAGCAAAAACUACACGUUUUCCUCUGUCAGUGGCAUCAUUUGAUAUCCUCCUCCAUGGCUCCAUGUUGCAGCAUAUUGAUCUGGUCAGGCUGUGCUCAUUGUCGGCUAAAUGAAAAAUAAUUUCCUUCUUAGGGAGGAACUGGAGAGCACUGGUUUUAAGUUUCUUCACUGUUUUAGGUUUCUUCUCUGUUUGUGUUUUGGAGGAGGAGCACAGGCUGUCAGCCCUUCAGCGAGACCUGAUUCUGUCCUGUUUCGCAGCAGAAACUUCUCUUUGUUUCCACACGGACCGGCAAAACGCUGCUCUGAAUAUUUUUAGGAGGUAGAAGAAGAGAAGAGGAAAAAUAGAUCCUCCUUGAGUGACUCUGUGGCAGGAGUUGAAGUGUACAUUUCGUUUACAACUAUUUUAUUACCUGCUUUUCGUGCUAUCUUUUAAUGCCAAAGUAAAGCGGUGGACAGCUGUUAUUUAAAGUCUGUCGUCUGGUUCAGAUCAAGUUGAGCUCAGAGUGGAACUGCUUUUGACCGUUUCAAUGCAUCACUUUUUUUUUCCUGUUUUCUCUUUAAACCUAGAAACCAUUGGCUUUUCUCCUUUUUCUUUUUGUAUGUACCAAAAAUACCAGUACCAACUGUUUGUUUUUAUUGAUCCUCCUACUGUUGCUUCAUUUUUCUAUAAAACUCUUGGUCCAGUUCGACGGCUCACAGACACUCUGGGCUGUUUACACAGUCUUAUCAAAUGUACUGUGGCAUUACCACCCAAUAAAGAAGACACUGCUGAACCUUGACUUUUAUUUUUCCCCCUCAACAUGACGGAGAUGCUUUUAUUGUUUGUUUGUUUGUUUUCUACCAGACAUGCACAGUUACUCUGGGAACCAUCAGCUGUCGGCGGUGGAAGGAGCCACCAGCUGUGGUCCUUCUUUGGGCAUCUGAAGCAGAAGCACAGAAAUUAAAACCAACACAGCGGAGACGAUAACAGGAAAAUAGCAGCGGAGUCACCGGACAUGAAAGGGGUUUGAAAGGACGUUUUCCAAAUAGAGGGACAAUUUUUUAAAUAUAUUGAAUUCUUUUCAAAACUUUCAGGGCUGCAAUUACCAAGAUGCAUUGGCUCUCUAUGCGAGCACACGUUAACUUCUCAGUCUGAGUUGGUUGUUGACUCCAUUAUUCUGUCAGUUAUUUAAUGUAAAAAAAAUACAAAAAAACUCAGUCAAAAACUGUCUAUGACUGACAUAAAAGUGGAGAAACUAAAUUACAAGCUGAGAGGGUAAAAUUUAUUUAAAAAAAAAAUAGUUUCUACUCUAUCUGCUCUUCAGUUUCAUGUUUGUGAUAAAAAAAAACGUCAGGUUUGCUUUUUCUGUCUCAUUACUAAUUUGUAGAGCUGAAACGAUUA